AUGUGGAUAGUCGGCGCUAAUACUCUCACGCACGCCACAGUCAGACGAGCAGAUUUGGACUCGCAGUUCAAGAAUUUGAGAGUGGUUUUCGAUAUCAGCGGUUGGCACAAUCGGUCGGUAGAACGUCUCGCUCACGAACACGGCCGCCCCAUUAACGAAGACGUCCUCUUCGACAUUGUAGUCCGUUUGACUAAGGCAUCGGCUGCCGCCAACCCUGUAAAUGAGCACAUUUCGAGGAUGCGGUUUAUCGAUAAUUUUGUGCGAGGAUCGGUAGUCCUCGCCAUCAUGGAUCGAGACGUGGUUGUCACGAUACACGAUCGCGACGUCACUCUUUCGACAGAGCAACACGAAGCCAUAGCAUUGGGGGCCGGAAGCAUCCCCACUACUGCUAUCCAGGCGGCUUUCGGUACGGGCAAGACACUCGUUGGCGCGAUUAUUGCAGCUCAAUGGGCAGCAGGAGGUGCCCCCGUCUUGGCAACAGCAAGCACUAAUACGGCUGUGGCCCAGUCUACCCAGACGAUGUUAUCGCUUUCGGCCUGUAGGGACGUGUUGCGGUUUGUAGCAGACUCGGUAGCUCAGGAGAAUCUUACACCUACUCCAGUCGAUCUGAAUAAGAUCCUCAUUUCGCUGGGAGAGACCUAUGCCGAUGUCCUCUCCGACGCAGAGAGGAAUGCUUGUUAUCGUUUCACAGCUGGGUCAUAG